AUGUCUGCUGUCGACAGAACAGGAGCUCCAGAGCCUCACUUGGAAAACAGACCUUCCAGAAAUCAGGAUUUCAAGCAUCCUUUGAGACUUCUGGCUCAGCCCAGGCAUCCCGUCAGCAGGAGCACCUGGCCGCCUGACGGUUCCCGUUCUGCACAGCACGCGCACAGGAGACCCAUUUACGUGUCUUUUGUCAGCAAAGCCAUCCUGUGGGAUAGAGGACACUGCCACUACACCGCCCAUCCUCGUCCAGUUUAUCGUCCCUCACCAUGUCCUCGGUUCUUGUCUCACAUGAAAGCUCGUCCUGAAGACCUCAGACCUCCUUGUUUCCUGAGCACCAAGUCCAGACCACAGCCUCCAUCUCAGGGGAGGACGCUGAAUACACGCAUCCUGCCUGCCCCACGGACCCAAGCGCUGGAGGGAUGCUUCCAUCUCAAAUCAGAUAAAAGAAGGAACGGUGUGCAGACUGAGGGCUUGAUCAGAGGAAGGCGAUCUGCUGUUGUUGUUCCCUCUCUUCCACUCCCUGCCACCCCACCACCAUCCACCAUUAAUCCAACACCAAAACACCAAAACACCCUUCACCUCGACUCUGGAGGAAGAGAAAGCAAACUGCACACUGCACUGACAUCUCCGUCCUGCCCUCAUCCUGCUCCAGAGGAGAAAGAUGAAUCUCAGGAGAAGGAGAAAGCACCACGUGCUGCUGUGGCGUCUGCUGCCGAGCUGGACUGGGAGCUGGACCUCAGCCCUGCUGGGUCAGAGCACCCAUCGUCACCGACCUCCAUUUCACAGGGAUCUCUCUCAGAUUUAAGUCGUCCACCUUCCAGUUUAUUCAGUCGGAGCACCAACCUCACCAGUGGCAGGAGCAGUGUCCUGUCUGCAGAUAUCAGGGGCUCAGGCUCAGAGGGCAGCGGUUGUUUCUCCCCUCCCCAGCCUUCCCCAGUGAUGCCGUCACCUCUGGCUUCUUACCCUCCAGCACGAUCCAGCCUUCACCAAUCCUCCAUGAAUACCACCACCAACCCUCCGCUCUACCUGCCGCUCUUUGGCCAAACCCAACCCCUCCCACCUCGCCCAACUUCAGGCCCCCAUCUUAAUUCAGAUAAACCUCUGAGCAGUGGCAAAAGCACAAAAACAGCAGAACAUCCUCAUCAAGAUGCAUUUAUAGAUCCUGGUCUCAACCUGUCCUUGGAGUCCGAUCAUGGCCUUGUUACUCUGGCUUUCCCCUCUGCUACUUGGUCUUCCUGCCCAAGCCCACAGAGGACCACUCCCUACUCAGGGUCAGGCGCAAAGCUGACCCCUUCUCCUCCAGCAAGUCGGCUGGAGUCUCAUCGCUGGCCUGUCCUGCCUCCCAUCUCCCCUGUCAGAGGACGCUGCGCCACAGCAGCAUCACGUUACUCAGAGCUCAGCUGCAGUCAGUCUCUUGUGUUUGAUGAACUGGAGGCCAUCGCCCCUCAGUCUGCUUCCUGUCCAUCUCUGGACCAGGCGUCAGACUCAUCGGGCCGCCCCUCACCCGAUACAGAAGUGUCUCCUGGCCUGGCAGCGCUGACAGUGGGCUGUGACUCAGGGAAUCUGGGCUCCCUGUCGCGGGUCCAGCUGCUUCUCUUGGACCGACCGGAGCCCGAGAACCCACCGAGUCCCUGCGGACUGGAGGAGGAGUUCUCACUAGUGCAAGACUGGGCCAGUCUGAGGAUGCAGUCUGAUCCAGGAUUGACUUCAGAAGGUGUUUUGAGGCCCCUCACAGCUGGCGGCAUCUCUGAAAGGUGUGACUCCACGGGGAAAGUCCAGGAAAACAAAUCGGAUCAGUUUGAAGGAGGGUCUGGGUCACCAUCUUCAUGGAUCAUAGACCCAGGUCCAUCAUACACAAUGCUCAGAUCCUCAUAUUCUCCCUGCCCAUCCAGUCACGGUUCCAGCACAGAUGAAGGGGGCCCCACUGAGGAGGGGUCCAGUUAUCCAGGAUGGAGAGACCAAGAGAGUCUUGACAACAGAACUGAAGAGAAGGAAAGAAGGAUGGAGGAGAGGAAAACUAAGGUGCUCAACGUGCUUUCCAAACUGCAGGAUGACACCCCACUCCAGAAGAAAAGCAGCAAAGGCCACUCCAAUUUUGAGGACUUCGACUUUUUGGCAAAGUAUUGCAUUUUCAGUCAGGAGAAGUUGGACGAGUACAAAAGAGCUUUUGAAGCAGAGGACAGUGACGGUGACAGCUACAUCUCCUGCCUUCAGGUUCUACUUGCUCUUAAAAACAUCAUCCCUCCAGAGCUGCUGUCUGAUGAAGAAGAGAUCUACGUCUACAGGAUCCUGGAGAUGGUGGACUUCAGAGUGACAGAUGGGCUCGUGGACCUGAGGCUCUUCGCUGUGAUUGCGAGUCUGGCACAGAAAAUAGCCACCAUGGACGAGUUUAUGCGAUCACUGAUCAGCAGUAUGGACUUUCGCUCUCUUGAAGUGAGGCUCUUCAAAGCGAAGCAACUGUUCCUGUUCCUCCUGGAGGAGCAGCAAGGAGACACAGGAGCUCAGCAGGGAUUCAUCAGCGCAGAGCAGCUGCUCCUGGAGCUGAAGGCCGGCGGGAUCCACUUGGAGCAGGAGGCGGCCAUCAGACUGGAGCUCCAACACAUUCCCCCUCUGGACCUACUGGACUUCCUGGCCUACCUGCCCCUCUUCAUGCUCAUUCACAAGUCAGUCAUCUCCAACCCCCUCGACAACUCCAGCAACCUCUGACCUCAGUCACCGCUCAGUCUGCCUUGUGAGGCUCAGGUAUCAGCAUCAGUGCCACCACACUUACCACAUCUGUAAAGACACUCAUACACAGGAAACAGAAACAGUCAGAUUAAGGUACCGUAGUAAUUUUGGCACGUUAAUGUGUCUUUUCUGGUUGUGGCCAAUGACCUUGAAUUCAGGCACUCAUACAUAUUCAUAAGGAGGGCAUAAACUGGCAUUGUGCAUAAACUGAUGUGGGCGUAUACAUACUCGUUACAAAGAAAAUGACACGUAUGAAAUGUAAGCCAUAGUUGUAGUUUAGAAGAAUCAAAUUUAAAGUUUCAGCAGGGGAACAGUGAAGAAAGCCAGUUACUGGUAACAAGCACGGAACAACCUGUUGGCCGAGACAGAUAUUUGCAGGUCAAAAUGAGAUAUUUUAAGGUGUGGAAAAUCUACCCGUUAACUGCCAUUUUAAUGUUGGCUAAACAUGACAUCUCUAAGAUGUUAUUUGCACAAAUGGCCUUCCAUACAAAACGUUUGUCAGUCUUGUAAUUCAAAGUCAGAGAUAUCGGGAAUUUCUGACUCCGACGACAUCUCCCACCUGGUGAAAAUAACCUCACACAUGUCAACAUGUCAGAACAGAAACCAAUGGGAUUAUGUGAUUAUCCAAAACAAUUCAAUUCAAACACAAAGUAAAUCUUCCAUCCUCACCUCCAAAAACACUAGAGGCUUUUUCCACAUCAAUGAUAAAAUACAUUAAAACACUGAGUGUAAUAAUUUACCAAAAGACCAGAGUAAAAUUCUAUUGCACAUUAAAAAGGAUUUUAAAGUGUUUUAGUUACUGGACUGUUUCAGUUAUGACUCACACACACAAGGUGACUGACAACUUAAUGAUUAUUUUGAUGAUUCCCUGAGGAUAUUAAUGAGCACUUCUCUGGAACUAGAAUUGUCAGUCAAACACUCCCCUCAUCCAGAUGUGUACAGAUAACACUACAACUACAUAUUAAAUAGACUGCUGCUGUAUCUUUUAGAUAUGUGGAACAUUUCAUAGAGCUGUAAAGUGCUGUCUAUGGUCCUGAAAUGUUCUGCAGCUGGGGAUGUUCUCACUGCAACAAGUAUUCACUGCAGACACACUGAAGACCUAUUAUAUGGACUGAAUUAGUUAAAAAUGUCUCAAACGUCUUUAGAAAAUCGCUGUGACACACUGCUUCGGGGGUGUGGUUCACGUAAAUUUGCUGAUGCACAACAACUUCAUAUUGUUCUGGAGUAAAAAAAAGAAAAACAGUAUUUGCAGCAGAGACUGUUGUCCUCCUUUAUCCAACCUAAUCAACACUGAUGAAUGAUAUUCAAUAAGAUAUUCAACUAAUAUAGUUUGAGCUAUUGUUUCGCCCCGGCUUUGGCAAUUAGACAUGGCCACGCUCUCCUGCGGUUCAUGCACACUUGACAGAGCGCCACAGAGGGAAACAUAAUGGGCUCUGACAAGCAGCAAACCAGGGUUGUUAGAUCAGGGGCGUCCUGUACGCAGCAUAUGUCAUCAUGUAGCCAAAUAUACAAGACAAACAGGCUGAUGUUAUUCCUGCUUUAAAAAUUACUGUUUUGAGAUUGAAAAAAAAAAAACACUUGAACAGAUGAUUUCCUCUUUGAUAUCUUCUCCUACUUUUUCUGUGUUUUUUUUUUCUUCUCUCAGCUGUAAACACCUUCCUUAUCUCACUGUGACCUUUAUGAAUGUCACAGCCAUGUAAUUAAAACAGACCAAGAACCUGACCAGGCAGUCCAUGUAUAGGUACAAUCUGGUGCUAAAAGGUUUGGAAAUUAUUAUUAUUAUUAUUUUAUCAUUUUUAAAAGCCUGAAGUAUCUCUGAGAAGGGUGUUUGGGGUCUUGUAAACAAACUCUUUUUAUUUCAAUUUAUUCACAGCUCUAUACUGUUGAAAUUUCCUCUGCAGACAAAGAAGUGAAAUAUUAUCCCUUAAUUAUUGUUUACAGGUAGAAAUAAACUGACAAAGACCUGACUAGGUCUCCUGCUCUGAUGGAAGACGUGUUUAUGUACAGUACAUGUUCAACUGUAUCACGUGAGUCACUUGUGUGUGGGUGUGUUCUUGGGUGGAGGUUGCAGGUGUGUUGCAUGUUUUUACCUGUUUAUAGUUGACUCUCUUCUGUUGUCUUCAAUGUGACGCCAUUAGUUAGAUUUGGUCGCUCACAUCAUCUUAGAUUAUUUCUGAUACUUUUGUUGUUUAUUCUUUUUAUCGGAAUAAACUGGAUAAAUAAAGUAUUUACAUGUUGUUAAUAUA